AUGGGCAUAACCAUGAACUGGAACAAAGGCGGUCCGGGUGUGAAGCGAGGGUUUGGAUUUGGAGGGUUUUCCCUUGCGGGGAAAAAAGAGGAGCCGCCUGCGGCUCCGAAUUCCCACACAACGUUUGGAGCACCAGGAUCAAGUGGGGGAUAUGGAAAAAACCAACAGCUCCCAUCAUUCUAUAAAAUAGGGACUAAAAGGGCAAAUUUUGAUGAGGAAAAUGCAUAUUUUGAAGAUGACGAAGAGGAGUCCAGCAGCAAUGUAGAUUUGCCAUAUAUUCCAGCUGAGAACUCACCCACAAGGCAGCAGAUGCAGUCAGGCGGUGGCUCUGAUAGUGAGGAUGACCCAUUAGAUGCCUUCAUGGCAGAGGUUGAGAACCAAGCAGCUAAAGACAUGAGGAAACUAGAGGAGAAGGAAAAAGAGAAAAAGUCAGCCAAGGGUAUUCGUGAUGACAUUGAAGAAGAAGAUGAGCAAGAAGCCUACUUCCGCUACAUGGCAGAGAAUCCCACAGCCGGGCUAACCCAAGAGGAAGAGGAGGACAACAUUGACUAUGACAGUGAUGGGAACCCAAUUCCAUCCACCACCAAGAAAAUCAUUCUGCCGCUUCCUCCUAUUGACCACUCAGAGAUCGACUAUCCACCAUUUGAGAAAAACUUUUACAAUGAACACGAAGAGCUUAGUAGCCUCACUGGAACACAAAUGCUGGAGCUGAGGCAUAAACUAAACCUGCGAGUAUCUGGUGCUGCUCCUCCAAAACCUUGUACAAGCUUUGCACACUUUGGCUUCGAUGAGCAGUUGAUGCAUCAAAUUCGGAAGUCAGAGUACACGCAGCCCACUCCCAUCCAGUGCCAGGGCGUCCCCAUUGCUCUGUCUGGACGUGACAUGAUUGGCAUCGCAAAAACUGGCAGCGGCAAGACUGCAGCUUUUAUCUGGCCGAUGCUGGUCCACAUCAUGGAUCAGAAGGAGCUGGAAGCUGGAGAGGGCCCCAUUGCAGUCAUCGUGUGUCCCACCAGAGAGCUGUGUCAGCAGAUCCAUGCAGAAUGUAAGCGUUUUGGAAAAGCCUACUCGUUGCGUUCUGUGGCCGUUUACGGAGGAGGCAGCAUGUGGGAGCAGGCCAAGGCUCUGCAGGAGGGAGCAGAGAUUGUUGUGUGCACUCCAGGUCGUCUGAUUGACCACGUGAAAAAGAAGGCCACCUCCCUGCAGAGAGUGACAUAUCUCGUGUUUGAUGAGGCUGACCGCAUGUUUGACAUGGGUUUUGAGUAUCAAGUUAGAUCUGUUGCCAGCCAUGUGCGUCCAGACAGGCAGACUCUCUUGUUCAGCGCUACUUUCCGAAAGAAGAUUGAGAGAUUGGCAAGGGACAUUUUGGUGGAUCCUAUCCGCGUGGUGCAGGGAGACAUUGGAGAGGCCAAUGAGGAUGUGACCCAGGUGGUAGAGAUGCUGCACGGUGGGUCGGACAAAUGGGGCUGGCUGACGCGGCGGCUGGUGGAGUUCACCUCCUCCGGCUCGGUCCUCAUUUUCGUCACCAAGAAGCUAAACUGUGAGGAGCUGGCCACCAACCUGACACAGGAGGGUUACAGCCUGGGCCUCCUGCACGGAGACAUGGAUCAGAGUGAGAGGAACAAGGUCAUCAGUGACUUCAAGAAGAAGAACCUGCCAGUACUGGUGGCCACCGACGUAGCUGCCCGCGGUCUUGAUAUCCCGUCCAUUCGCACGGUGGUAAACUACGACGUGGCACGGGACAUCGACACACACACUCACAGGAUCGGCCGAACUGGUCGUGCUGGAGAAAAGGGCGUGGCCUAUACCCUCCUCACCAAUAAGGACACCACAUUCGCUGGGGACCUGGUGCGAAAUUUGGAGGGAGCUAAUCAGGCUGUUUCCAAAGAGCUGAUGGAUUUAGCCAUGCAGAAUCCAUGGUUCAGGAAAUCACGAUUCAAGGGUGGUAAAGGGAAAAAGCUGAACAUCGGUGGAGGUGGUCUUGGUUACAAAGAGAGACCAGGCCUGGGGUCUAACAGCUCUGAGCGCAGCAGCAGCAGCAGUAGCAGUAGCAGCUUGUUGUCUUCCACUAGUAGCUUUGAAGGCUUCAGUAAGCCGACUUCGGGGGCAAUGGGAGAUCGGAUGUCUGCGUUGAAACAGGCGUUCCAGAGUCAGUAUAAGAGCCACUUUGUGGCUGCGACCAGCGGCUCGCCAAAGCUCAGCACCAAGUCCAACAGCUCCUCUUGCUGGACCAGCGCUGGCAGCCUGAAUUCGGUGCCAACAGAGUCUGCCAACGGUUCCGAGCGGCCUCACAUGGCAGCUUUUCCGAUGGCGGGCUUCACCAGUGCCGGCUCCCUGAGCUCAGUGCCCGCCAGUCCCAGCAGCUCUCCGCUCGCCGCCCCCCCACCGGCGCCCCCCGCGCCCAGAGAAAGCCCCCGAGACAGACACGGAGAAGAGCGGGCGCGCUACGAGGACAGUCACCACCGCCACAGCGACCGGGCCGAACGGCACGGUGGCGACGAUCGCCGGGAACGCCAAGAUCGCCACGGAGACCGAGAGCGGGAGCGCCACGGGGAGCGGGAGCGCCACAGCAGCAGCCGCCACAGCGAUGGCCGCAACGGGGAGGGAAACAAGAGGGACAGAGAAGAGCGGAGGAGUGAGAGAGACGGGGGAGACAGGGGGGGCGGAGAGGGGAGGGACCGGGGGGAUGAUAGCUUUGCUGUCCCAGACCCACCAAAACGUAGGAAGAGCAGAUGGGACAACUAAAGAGAAUGUAAAAACAUCCCAAAAACACCGACCUACAGCUCAAUGUUGAGCCCGUCUCUUUGGCAGAUAGAGUGCAUAUCAGAGGCUGACACAAGCACAGGCCUUUAGGGGGAUGUUGUUUAUCUCAAAUCAGCAGAAAGUGUUCUGAUGGUGCCCCCCGGGUUGGUUUGGAUCUCAUGAUGUUUGUUCAGCACAGACAGUUCAAAGACAGCCAUUGUACAUAGAUCAUCACGACUGAUGUUACUGUAAGUGAAGUCCAGCAAUAGAGCUGUAAUAAAUCCUCCUGUCCGUAAAAGAUGCAAUCUAAGAUGUGUUGUUGUUUAUUCUCACUGAACUAACAUGACCCGUGCUAGCAAAGCCGACUCCACGUUUUUCCCCAUGGAUUUUGCCAAGUGUGAUUGUCUGUUUGUAUUUUGUUUAUCUAUAAAGCUUCUCUUUUUUUUUUGGGUUAAGGCAACCUGUUGUGAUCUAGUUUUACAUGUAAAAAAAAAAACAAACGUAUAAUUUUCUUGUGUCUUGUAUCGAAGUUUAGUGAAGUGCCUUUCCAUGGCAUGUAGUUUGUCUUAAGCUCAGAGGUGUUUUUCACAAAACGUUUGACUGGAAUUUCAGUUGCUCACAAACACAUGAAAAACAAGUUUUGAUUAAAAAUGGCAAUUUGACAUUUUAUCUUGCAUUUGUUCUGCUAUUUAAAAAAAACUGAUUAUUGUUGUCAAUAUGGAUUUUUCUUUCAACUGUCUAAGUGCAUUUAAUGAAGAAACUCCCAGCAUGCUGAGUUACUGCAGGUGGAAGCCAAGAUAAGGAGCUCAGAUCACAAUAAAACAGCACAAUGCCUUGUAUUUGAUUUUGAUCCUAAAGGUGUUGAGAACAGAGGAGCCAUCUGGAGAUUAAUUUUGUCUUGAGUAUGUAAAUGUACUCAUAUUCUUUAUUAUAGUUAUAUCUACAAACAAAUAAAAGCAUGAUAAACAACUGAAUGC